AUGGCGAAUAGCCUGACAGAGUUGGAGGUUCCCCUGGACGCCGACCUCGCUGGGGACCAAGGGAGCGGUGUUUUGAGGCGCUGCAGGGGGCGACCGAGGCUCACAGACACGGAUCGAGCACAGAGGCGUCUUGAAUCCCGAAAGAAGUACGAUGUACGGCGGGUGUACCUGGGAGAGUCGCACAAGCUGUGGAGUGAGCUCCGCAGGCGGACCAGUCUGAGUGAUGCUGGGCUGGCAGAGUAUCUGAUCCUGCUGCACUCCACAUAUGGAGACAAAUACCAGCAGAAACAAUGCGGGAAGAAGACUGCCUCAGAAGUCUCCGUUAAACAGAAAAAAGGUAGGAAGGAGCGUGUGUCCAGCCUGCAGAGCCUGGUCUGCUGGUACCAGGAACAUGCGCACUCCUGCCCUCACGAGCCCCAGCUCAGAGCCCUGGAGCCCCAGCCCAACUUCUCCACUGCUGCUAUCUGGCAAUGUGACUCUGACCACUCUUUCGUGCAAUACCUGUUCUCACUGCCGAGGGAGGUGAGCGACUCUGAGCACGAGGGGGGAAUGAACGAAGAGGGCGAUGAAGAGACUUCGGCAAAAACAGACCUGCCUGUGACGAAAGGUGUAGUGAGCAGGAGGAGAAGAAAAGAGGCUCACAAACAAUACAAAGAUUUGGGAAAAAAUGUGGAUGUUCCUGAAGUACAACAUACCACCAUGAGUCCAAUAGAACAGGCUGCAGCUCUGAACCACCAGCCCAGUAUAGAGGCCUCUUCCAAGGAUGUCCCGCUGACAGGGCAGCCUGUGUGGGAGAUGGAGAUGGUGAUGGAGCAACAGCAGGGCUCCCCCGAAGCAACAUUUCAUUCCAUCGACUCAGAGGAGGAGGCUGAGGAUCUGAGGCAAGGCAGAGAUGAAGAGGGAGGAAGGGAGAGUCUCGGAGAAGAAGAAAUAAGGACUAUACCACACGGUUACGAGUGUGUUACCGUGACGGCGUCUUUAGCCGAUAAAUUGGACAAGACGGAUGAGGACCCAGUGCUGUCGCAGAGCUUGAGCGACUCAGUGCGGCUGGGCGCUCAGGCUGAGCUGUCGGUCCCGCCACCCAUGCAGGUUCAAGAGCAAGGAGAGCUGUUUGACCCUCAGACUUUGCAGACGGUGGUAGCCAGCUGUGAGAUUCCUGACCAGAGGACUACUUUGGAAGGUUCACAGUUAAUUAUCAUCACUGGUCCCAGCUACGAGGCGCUCGCAUCAGAAGGCAUCCAGCUCAACAUGGGGGGCGGAAACGUGGAGGAAGUCACUUGCACUGUCAUCGGGGGUGUCACCUACAACCCGGUUUGUGAGUCUGACUCAAAAAUCAGAACAGUGGAGGAUGAAGACUCCAUGACAGAUUUGAGUGACAAGCAGUUGCUGCAGCCCACCGUUGACACUCCGGAGCUAAGCAGUGACAGGGAGCUGCAGCGGAGUCUGAGCAGGUCAAAGAGAAACAGGCGAGGUCCAGUCAUUGAGGCUGACGGGAUGCUCAAGAUGUUCCACUGCCCAUACGAGGGCUGCAGUCAAGUCUAUGUAGCAAUUAGCAGCUUUCAGAAUCACGUGAACCUUGUGCACAGGAAAGGGAGGACCAAGGUUUGCCCCCAUCCAGGCUGCGGAAAAAAGUUCUACCUGUCCAACCACCUGCAUCGCCACAUGAUCAUUCAUUCAGGGGUGAGAGAUUUCAUCUGUGAGACAUGUGGAAAAUCAUUUAAGCGUAAAAAUCACCUGGAGGUUCACAGGCGGACUCACACAGGAGAAACACCACUCCAAUGUGAAAUCUGUGGCUACCAGUGUCGUCAGCGUGCAUCCUUGAACUGGCACAUGAAGAAGCACACUACAGAGGCCCACUACAACUUCACAUGCGAGUUCUGCGACAAGAGGUUUGAAAAGCUGGACAGUGUUAAAUUCCACAAGCUAAAGAGCCACCCGGAUAAGCAGGCAACCUGAAGUGUUCAGACACUGCUGAUGGGAGCUAACAUUACCAACCAGCAAGUGCAGGUGGGCCCUUGGAAACCAAAGGAAGACAUCUGGUGAAGAGAAAAAAACUUUCCUUUGCUGUGUUUGUUUUGCCUGUCAUGUCCAGGAUAUGAACAUUAAACUGGGUUAAAGGCAAAAGUGGGCUAGUCUAACAGCAGUGCAGGACACAAGCUGUUUUAUAGUAUAGGCCCCAAACAUGGGUUUUGAACAUGUUUAGUACAGCAGGAAAAAAAGGCGUAAUCUACUGUUGACCAUUUUCUAAACCCCUCCUGUGCACAUCGGUUUUCUAAUCAUAGCUUAGCAACCAUAACUAGUAGGCACUGCAGGUCUGUCAAGCUUUGGGUUUCUUCAUAUGUUGAAGUGGUGUGCACAGGGUUGUGAUAAAAGCAGUACUCUGUGUACCAAGAGUUUAAAUGGUGGUUCUGGGUUUUUUUGCCCUCAAAAACCAAAAAUACAAGAGAAAAACUGUGAGGAAAAGAUGAAAAUGUGUGUUAAUCAGCUCUAACAUGAGAUGUAAAGGAUAGCAUGUCCAGCUAACUAGCUUACUACGCACACGAGUUAUUUAGUUGUUCUUCAAUCGUCAGGGGCAUUUCAUAUUAUGUUAUUUUGUAACUUUACAGGUUACAUUUAGAAAAAAAAGCCCUGUUCACACCUAGCGCAUUGACUGUGUGAAAGCUGGUCCUGAAUGCUACAAAGUGUUAGGCUAAUGUUUAAGCUAACGUUAGCACCAUCCUGCUCUUUAUUGAAUUUGGAUAGUACUUACAGUUCAGCAAACAUAAAAUUGGUUUACACAUUGGUAUUUAGUUGCAGAAUCAUACAUACAUAGAGAACUAACUAGCUCUACACUGCAAUACAUGAGCAAUGUUGUUUCUUUAUCUUCAUGUCUUCAACUGGUGAGGGCGCUGACUUUCUUCAUUAAAAAAUAGAAUAUAUCCAGUGCAAGAAUGAAAAGCUUGACAGGCUCUGCAACAGUAAACGGGAGUAUGGCUUAGCAAGCAGUCAGUUAAAGUUUGAUAGAAAAUGUUUUCCAUUAAAGGAAAUAUUUUGGUAGGCCAUGGAAAGUGUUCGGCAGAAAUGUAACAUGCACAUGAUUUAUAUUAAAUGCGUUUAAUAAAAAAAAAAGAAAAACACUGGUAUGAUUCUUUUAAUAUUAAGUAUGGUUAUUCGGGUCAUGAGUGCACCACCAAAAAGAUUAUUAAUGACAAACCAGUAAGGUAUGUAAGUAUGAAAAUAUGAAAUGAAAUAUGAAAUAUGAAUACAGAUGUUUGUUGUUAAGUUAAGACUGAAAAUGAC